AUGUAUGUAAAGGUCCUUAUGCAAGAUGUCUGGCGUUCAAAAAUAAAUUGGGAUGAAAAAAUAUCCCCUGAAAUAGAAUCCAAGUGGAAACAGUGGAUAAAUAUUAUUCCUGAUAUUCAAACCCUAAAAAUUCCACGUUGUUAUUUGCAACAUUUUGAUAAUUUUCGUGAUGUUAAAGUUCAGCUUCAUACUUUUGUUGACGCUAGUAAAGAUGGGUAUGCCGCUGUGUGCUAUUUUAGGGUGCAGAAAGGUAACUUAGUUAUAUGCUCCAUUGUUGGGUCGAAGUCAAGGGUGGCGCCAAUAAAGAUAACAUCUGUACCCCGGCUGGAGCUGAUGGCAGCUCUGAUAGGAGCUCGAUUUGCAAAGCAUGUUGCAGAAAAUCAUACCCUUCAAAUUAGCCAAAAGUUCUAUUGGUCGGACUCGAAGACCGUGCUAAGCUGGAUCAAUUCGGAUCACAGAAGAUAUCAACAAUUUGUUGCCUUUAGGGUCACGGAAAUUUUGGAAAUAACUGCUAUCAAUGAUUGGAGAUGGAUACCUAGUAAACAAAAUGUGGCAGACGAUGCAACUAAGUGGGCAAAGACUCCGAGAAUUUCUAAUGACAGCCGAUGGUUAAGAGGCCCAGAUUUCUUGUCGAAAAGUGAAGAAGAUUGGCCGCUACCGGAUUUUCAACAUGAGCCAACGAAAGAGGAGCAGGUUCACCGAUUGUUUGUGGUUUCGAAGUACGAAGCUGUUUUUACUGAGCCAAGGUUCUCAAAGUGGUCUCGACUUGUAAGGAGCGCAGCUUUUGUACUGCGUUUUAUAUGCAAUUGCCGACGUUCAGAUAAAAACACAGGCGAAUUCUCACGAGAGGAGUUACAGAAAGCAGAGCAUAUUUUAUUUAGACAGGCUCAAUAUGAAAAAUACUUUGCGGAGUUUGAAAAUUUAUUAAAUGGAAAAUCACUUUCAAAAACAAGUGAAAUUUACAACAAAUCUCCUUACAUAGAGAAUGGCAUUCUUCGAGUAUAUGGUAGAAUUGACAACGCAAAUAUAUCGAGAGAGCAGAAACGUCCAAUUAUUCUACCGAAAGGCUCCCGAAUAACCUUUUUACUUCUAAUGAGUUAUCAUGAGAAAUACUAUCACACAAGCCAACCCCAAAUGGCAACAUUACCACGGGCUCGUCUAGCAUCGUUUACAUCACCAUUUGCGUACACUGGAAUGGACUUUUUUGGACCUAUCUUGGUCACUGUAAAUCGUCAUAAAGAAAAGAGAUACGGCUGUCUCUUCACCUGUCUCACUAUAAGAGCUGUGCACAUUGAAGUGGUUCACUUUAUGAACACCGAUUCUUAUAUUCUGGCCUUCAGAAACUUUAUGGCCCCACGGAACUAA